AAUAAGUUUUUAUUGCAUAAUGAUGUUGCGUGGUUGUGUGCUGGUGGUGGCACUCCUGGCGAGUGCAUGGAGUCUUCCUGCUGAGUUGCCGGAGCCGGGGCGACUAGCUCUGGAGCUGGGAGAAGAGGAGUUCGAAGACUACCUGGACCAGUACCUCGCGCUGCAGCAGGCGAAACAAGCGAGCAACGUCUCCGAAUACCUGAGGACCCACAGCGGAUGCAACUUCCGCGUGAACGGCGACCUCGGGCAGCCGCAGCCGGUGUACCUGCGCGGCGCGCGCUACCUGUCAGCCGCUGACAACUCGGGGGUCAUCCAUCUGGACGCGGGAGAGAAGAUACGUGUGGUGUGCGUGGGGAAUAACCGACACAUCGCUCAUGCGGCCUUGCUUGAUAUGGACAGCGUUGUUGAGGAUGGUAAAGCGACAUGCGUGAACGGCAACAUCGUGUACGGCAGCGGCUGGAUGAACGACGAGACGCCCUUCGGCGAGCUGGUCUGCUCCGGCCACUCCGUCAGCACCGCCGAGUACACGGGGGAACGCUGCUAUAACAACAACCACGUCAUCAGAGUCGGCCACGUGGUGGACGGCGUGUUCCACCCGUGGUACUGGUCGUGCUUCGACCAGGCUCGCCUGGAGGUGCUCUACGUGUGGUACGAACAGAACCCGGACAACGCCGUGCACCAGACCAGCGUCUCACGACCCGGCUGGAACGCCGGCACCUUCUACCCAGGAGUAGCCAUCAACACUCAGUACACGCAAGUGCAGCAGAAGAUAGAGAUCGCCGGCUACGUGGGCGAGGAGUUAGCGGACAAAUACGUGACGGCCAGGCAGUACCUCGCCCGCGGCCAUCUUAGUGCCAAGACGGACUUUGUGUUCGCCACCGGCCAGCGGUCCACCUUCUUCUUCAUCAACGCCGCUCCGCAAUGGCAGCCGUUUAACGCUGGCAACUGGAACUGGCUAGAGCAGAACCUGCGCGCGCGCAUCGGCGUAGCUCGAUACCGCACGAUGGUGUACACGGGCACGUUCGGGGUGAGCCAGCUGCGCGACCAGGCCGGCCGGCUGGUGGACAUCUACCUGCACCACGACGCCAACAACAAUCCUCAAGUGCCGGUGCCGCUCUACUUCUAUAAGGUUGUAUACGACGAGUCCCGCCAACUCGGCACUGCGUUCGUCAGUAUCAACAACCCUUACUACACUGAAGAGGAAGUGAAAGCCCUGACUUUCUGCACUGACAGAUGUAGGAACAACCCCGACUUCGCCUGGAUCGGCUGGCAAGUGGACCGUAUCGACCUGGGCUACAGCUUCUGCUGUGACGUGGACGAUUUCAGAAGAACCAUUCCCCAUCUACCCGCUUUCACCGUGAAUGGGCUUUUAGUGUAGCUCGUUUACACGGCAAAAUAAUAGGAGGACACAAUAAAAUUUAUAAUGGAAGACUGAA